AUGUCUCAACCCUUAAAAGAGGCGGACAUUAUAUUCCCGCAUCUGUCCAACACUCCAAAUCUCUCACAAACCCUGUCAUCCCUCCGGCGCUCUACACUCUCAAUACAUAAUCGUCUCGCCUCCAUAUCAACCGAUAGUGACUUUGUCACGUCAGUCGCAGUUCUACACAGCCUCCCUUUGGUUGCCAACGAACGCUGCGGCAGCUGGUACAUCCCACCCUCCCUCAAAUCCGAAUCAGUGUAUUUCAAGAGCACGGACGGCCACAUGGGUGAAUGGCGAUUCAGUCUCAGGAGAUUGAACUUGCAGCUGCUCGAUGUGGUAGAGAAAUGGGGUGGUGCGGUCAUCGUGGACAGUACGAGGAGGGGGAAGAGUAUGCCGGAUGCGUUGAGCAAGACUGUGCCAAUAUGGUGUUGUGUUGUUAAUCGAGCGAUUUUCGGAGAGAAGCAUGAGCUGUUUACGCCACCACAGGCUGUGAGUGAGAGUGAGCAUGCGCAGAUUGAGAAGAGGAUUGAAGGGCUUGUGCAUCAAUUUCUGGACAUCUGCAAACCCAACAUCCCAAAUCUGCGCGCAAAGCUUCAGAAACCACUUCGCCCUAUCUGGGUGACUCAACAAUCCUCUCUAUCCAGCUCGCCGCCUUCAUUUCCUGGUUUCCAUUCCAUCGUCCUUUGCACAGCAUCACGGCGAGUCCGUGGCGCUGAAGGGUCCGAGAAUGGGUACAUUCAGGGCGCUGCAGAUGACCACGAAGCUUGGGCGCAAGGACUCACGCCGACUCUGUUCUGGAAGAACAAAGACUUACUUAUGGGAACCAGUGAAGAAGAUGCACCGAGUCUUAUUGAAAGACUAAUCUCAGAAAAGGAUGGGAGCAGUGCGGUUAUGACUCUAAUCAAACCGACUAGUCAGCUGUACAUCUCAUCAAGUCAAAACGUUGAUCUAGGAGGUUUCAACGUGGUCAUAAGCUGCACACCAGAGCCACUCUCCCCUACUUCUUUAAAAGACGCGAACGUACAACACUACCUCCACCUUAAAUGUCAAACGGGCAAGCUCGGAUCUCGCGACCUGCGGUCUCAACUCCCACGACUCCUGACAUUCUUCACGUCCUUUCCAGCACACCCCAACAACAUUCUUGUAUGCUGUCCAACGAGCAAGGAUCUUUCUGUAGGCACCGCUCUCGCGAUUCUAUGUCUAUAUGCGGAUGAUGCGGGCCAGCUAGACCUCAAAAAGAGGAUGGAGGCGAAAGGAAUCAAUAAAGCGUUUAUCAAGCAGCGACUAAGUUGGAUUACAACAAGCAAUCCAGCGUUGAACCCGAGUCGAGCGACACUACAAAGCGUCAAUGCCGUCUUGCUAGAAAGCCAGGACCCGAAAGCAGCUCUGCCAACAAAACAUAGUAGCGAAAAUACACCGGGGUUACCCACCAGUCUGCCUAUCAGACAAACAAAGCCCGAUGCACAGGAGCCAGAAACAAAAAAUGAACACGAUCAUAAGGAUGAGGUUCCAAAGCAAAAACUCCCCAACAUCCCAGCAGCCAUCUUCCGGCACCUAGAAUCCACCGACGACCGCCCAUGGAACUUCACGCGAACCCUCCGCUCAGCCCUCUCAACACAUCCCUCAGGCACCGUAACCGGCACAGCAACAUUCACACCUUGCAACCUUUCUUCCUCUACGACCUUACCGCUAACGCUGCUCUACGCCGAACAAGGCGACUUCGUAACAGACAGCGGACUCCGAUUCACUGCGAGACGGAAGUAUGUGUACCAAUUGAAAAGCGAGGUAGACAGUGCAGACGAUGAGGUAAAAGGAAAAGAAGACAAGGGAAAUUAUAUAGCAGUGCAUUUCUUCGACGACGAGAAGAUGCCGCGUUCUGCUACCACUGCAGAGGGUGUAGGAGAAAAGGGAGAGGGAGUGGGCGGAUUGUUCGUUGAGAUGGGCGAGCUGAAACCACAUGGCGACGUACACGUAUUGCACGCAAAGAACAGGGAGCAACAUCUCUGUGCUGCAGACUUGUACACUGCGAGUUGGCAGUUUUUGGAAGCUAUGGGUAGGGGAGAGGGAGGCGAGUUGUGGUGGGAAGUCCGCUAUGAUGCCAAGGGCCCGAAGAAGGAUUACUACAGUAGUACGCGGUAUACUCGAUCACAGUAA